AUGCAGACCAUGACUGUCACCUCCAGCACUGCUCCCGCCCAGAGCCUGAAGCCCACAGGCCCUGUGAGGCGUGUUCCAAGAGACACGCCCGUGGCCGAAAUUGCCUCCAUCUUCGCUCAGGAUGGCGCCAUCAUCGUCGAGCAGUUCCUGAGCAGCGACCAGGUCGAUCGGCUGAAUACUGACCUCGACGAGCCGCUGAAAAAGCUGACUCCCGCCGGGUUGCUCAACGGCGUCCCGGACGAAGCAAGGGAAUUCUUUGGCGUUGCAACUCGACGCCUGACCAACCUCAUCACCCUGAGCAAGACGUGGAGGGAGGAAAUCAUCAAUGACAACCUCAUGCACGACAUCUGCGAAGAGAUCCUCACCAAGAAGACCGGCGGCUACUGGCUCAGCGCCGCGCAGAUGAUGGAGAUUGGUCCUGGGAACCCAAAGCAGCCACUGCAUCGUGACUUUGGCAACUGGUGGCCAAACUUUGACAUGCCCCCCACUGCUCCAGAGACCAUGCUCAACUUCCUCAUGGCCACCACCGACACCACCGAGGAGAACGGGGCCACGCGUGCUAUCCCCGGAAGCCACCUCUGGCCCUACUCGGCGGAUGAUCACAACUUGGGCAGUGAAGAUCUCACCCAGACGUGUCCCCUGAAGGCUGGUGACAUGAUGAUGAUCGGAGGGCGCAUCGUCCACGGCGGAGGCCGAAACUCUACAAGCGACUUUUUUCGCCGAGUCGUCUCUGUUGUUGCCGUGACCAAUUGCUUCACUCAGGAAGAAGCAUAUGCCCUGACGCUGGAUCUCGAGAUGGUCAGGAAGAUGCCCCUGCGUCUUCAAAAGUUCUUGGGCUUCCGCAGCCAGUAUCCCAAGGGGUCGCCCGGUCUUUGGAGUAUCAAUGCGAAGCAUAUUGGGGAGCAUAUUGGACUCUCGACGAUGGAGUAG